GUCACUUCCGGUGCUCUGUGCCCGCCUCCCUCCUGAACGCAGACCGCGGGUUUUUGAAUAUAACGGCUGGUUCAGUACGCGGAGUUUACCAAAGGCUGCUCAUUGAAACAUUGUCUGACGUCCAAACACCAUGAUGUCUAUUACUGAUCCAAACAUGAGUUCCAGAUUCGCCAGUGCAAUGGAGGAGAUCCACAACAAACAGCUCAAAACAUACGGGGAAAUAAUUGAUACAACGACAGAGCUGUGCCAGUCUCACAGGCAGUUUGUCAAGUCUGCACUUGAUACAUGUUCAAAGAAAUGCAAGGACGAUGAGAUGUUGUUCGAGACAAUACAGACAUUCAAAGAAGACUUGGAUCAUAAAAAUGAAUCACUGAGAGAGAAACAACAUGCCAUUUCUGAAGUGAUCUCUGAGAUUGAGCAGAAGGAGAUGCAUAAAGAUGACCUUAUCCAGAAGAUAGAGAAACUUAAAGAAGAGCAAGCCAAGAGAAAAGAGUUAAUUGAGUCACAAAAUAAAUCAAACAAAGACAGACUGAAGAAUCUGGGGAAAGCAAGACUCGUCUUUCAGGAACAUUUGGGGAUGGAGAUACGAACCAUCCUUGGCAAAUCCCAAUUGGUUAAAGGGGAAAAGUUGCAGUUUGUUUUCCGGAAUAUCAACCCUUCAGAUCAGGACAGCGCCUAUGUUGUAACUAUGGGGAUUAAGGCAGACGGAUCAUACCAGAUUGUGUCGAGUGACCCUGCCCUCGAGUCUUUGCCGGUCUUGGAGAGUCAGCUUCAGGAGACCAAUAACUUACCUGCAUUCCUGGCAAACAUCCGGAAGGCGUUUAUUACUCUGGCACGGUGCUAAGAGUGGAAGGUUGAGAUGAUAAAAAACCAAAGCAGUGACGUUUUAACUGCUAAAAUUCAUAAAUACUGAUGUUAGUUAUAUUUACACGUCUUGUUUUUCUGAGCACUGUUGUAUUGAAUUAUACUGAAAACCUCUUUUUUAACAUUGAUUAAACCCUGAAGCUUGGUUAGGGGAGCAUGUUUUUUUCGGAUGGGAAUGGGGACAUUCCUUGACUGUCUUUGGUUUGUCUAAGAAUGGAUAAAAGUUAACUAGUUACCUUUUAGUAGUCGUUCUCCAGACACAGCGGUAAAUGAAGCAACCAGUCAUUCAUUAUAAAGGUCAUUUAUCUCGUUUGUUAUUCACUUCAUAACUCAUACAGUGUUCAGGGAAACUGGUACAGUUUUACUGGCUAGAUUUGAACUUGUCAAAGUCAAAUUGAGAUAUUAAAAAAACAUUUGUUAAAUAUUCUUAUAAUUGCAUUGUUGUGUACACAAUGAGGAAUAAAUAAAGGUGAAAAGCGAUUUGGGUGUAAAAAUAAAAAUGCAUUAUGAAUCCGAAAUAA